AACACUCGAACAGAAGCUGUAGCUCGUACGGCCGGUUUUUGGUGGAGAUCCGAUGUGUUGGAGAUCAUCAUCCAUAGCCUCAGAAAGAAAAGGUGAAGAUGAAGACAAUGAUCACGAUGAUGAAGAGCUUCUGAUGGCUCUCACUAUUGCCAAUCGAAUCGCUGAUUCACCAGAGAAAAUCGUGAAGGAGUUCCUACAGCGUCGCAGUAAUAGCAGCAGCGAUUCUUUAGAAGCUGUCUUCGACCUCCCUCUACACACGAGUCGCAACCAAAACAACCAAAACCCAUCAAUUGCAAAUGAGGGCACACAUGAGGAUAACUUCUUUCACAUUUUCCUUGAUCUCAGGAAGGGCACGGGACCGCACAUCACCAGCACCCCAACUGUAGAUCCAGUAGUAGAACCUCCGUCUGGAUACUCGCCCUUAAUGUAGUAUCUUGCAUGGAAGGCAGCCAAAUGAGCAUAGUAUGCAGGAGGAACUGCAUGAAUAAACACGAACAUCAGUGGCGGAAUCAGGAAAAAACAAUUUCAGAAAACCAAUGUUCGAAUCCCACUCAUGUUCGUACCAAUGGAAACUGAGCGAGUGCACCUUGGACACCUGAUAAACAUACGAUUACAAAGUUAGAAAACAUUAAGUUCUCUUCAAAUUGGCGUCGUACAAGUGCAAAAGCCAGAGUAAAAAUUGAAAUUAAUGUCUGCUUACGUGUAGCAUAGGUUGUUCGUUAGCAUCUGCAAUGCAUCUGGGGUUGUUCUCAUCAUACAGGACACUAUGAUGAUUGCACCCCAUAUUUUGUAAAAGAAAUGUCACCUUUUUAUGUAUAUUAUUGUGCUCUUCAAUUAUGUAAAUUGUAAAGCCUAUUCUAACUUGUUUUAUGCAACUAUUUUCG